AUGGCCGCCGCCACGGGUUGUCGGCGAGUUGCGCUGGGCGGCUUGGCCGUGGGCAGCGGGGCCGGGGGGCGAUGGCGGCGGCGGCUGCUGCUGCCGGGGGGCUUCGUGCUGCGUCUGGCGUCCGCCCGAGGCGCUGCGGCGGAACACGGGGCGGGCCGGACGGUGACGGUGGAGGUGGGGGGCAGAAAGAUGGAACUGUCUUCUGGAAAACUUGCUAGGUUUGCUGAUGGAUCUGCUGUUGUUCAGCUAGGUGAUACUGCAGUCAUGGUCACAGCAGUCAGUAAAACUAAGCCUACUUCAUCUCAGUUUAUGCCAUUAGUGGUUGACUAUCGUCAGAAAGCUGCUGCAGCAGGAAGGAUUCCUACAAACUAUCUAAGAAGAGAACUUGGCUCCACUGAUAAAGAAAUUCUCACAAGCAGAGUAAUAGAUCGGUCAAUCAGACCACUCUUUCCAGUUGGCUACUUUUAUGAUACACAGAUCCUUUGUAAUCUUUUAGCAGUAGAUGGUGUCAAUGAUCCUGAUAUUCUGGCAAUUAAUGGAGCUUCUGCAGCACUUGCAUUAUCUGAUAUCCCAUGGAAUGGUCCCAUUGGUGCAGUAAGGGUAGGACUGGUCAAUGGAGAAACUAUUAUCAACCCAACUCGCAAACAGAUGUCUUCUAGUGCUCUAAAUUUAGUUGUUGCUGCAGCUCCACAGAAUCAAGUCGUUAUGUUGGAAGCAACUGCUGAAAAUAUAUUGCAGCAAGACUUCUGUCAUGCAAUAAAAAUAGGGGUGAAGCAUACCCAACAAAUAAUUCAAGGAAUUCAACAGCUAGUGAAAGAACAAGGUGCUGUCAAGAGAACUGUUCAGAAGUUGUUUCUGGCUCCUGAAGAGAUUGUGGAAUGUGCAAAGAAACUUGCUUUUAACAAGAUCUAUGCUGUGUUCACAGAUUCUAGCCAUGAUAAAAUUUCUCGAGAUGAAGCAAUUAACAAAAUAAGGCUUGAAACAGAAGAACAGCUGAAAGAAAAAUUUCCAGAGGCUGAGCCUUAUGACAUCAUGGAAUCUUUCAAUGUGGUUGCAAAGGAUAUUUUUAGAAAUCUUGUUCUGAAUGAAUAUAGAAGGUGUGAUGGGAGAGACUUGACCUCCCUCAGAGAUAUUACAUGUGAAGUGAACAUGUUUAAAAUGCUUCAUGGAUCAGCCUUAUUUCAGAGAGGUCAAACACAGGUUCUCUGUACAGUUACAUUUGACUCAAUAGAAUCAAGUGUAAAAUCAGAUGUUAUCUCAACAGCAGUGAGUGGAAUAAAAGAUAAAAACUUCAUGCUGCAUUAUGAGUUUCCACCUUAUGCAACUAAUGAGAUUGGCAAAAUUACUGGUAUGAACAGAAGAGAACUUGGACAUGGUGCCCUGGCAGAAAGAGCUUUGAAACCAGUUAUUCCCCAGGAUUUCCCAUUUACAAUACGAGUUACUUCUGAAGUCUUAGAGUCAAAUGGGUCCUCUUCCAUGGCUUCUGCAUGUGGUGGAAGUUUGGCACUAAUGGAUGCAGGAGUUCCUGUAUCAAGUGCAGUGGCAGGCGUAGCAAUAGGACUUGUUACCAAAUGCAGUCCGGAAAAAGGAGAUAUUGAGGAUUAUCGUUUGCUGACGGACAUCCUGGGCAUUGAAGAUUACUAUGGUGAUAUGGACUUCAAGAUGGCGGGUACUAAUAAAGGAAUAACUGCCUUGCAGGUUGAUCUAAAACUGCCAGGAAUACCAAUGAAAAUUGUCAUGGAAGCUAUUCAGCAAGCUACAACUGCAAAACGGGAGAUUUUACAAAUUAUGAACCAAACUCUGGCAAAACCCAGACCUAACAGAAAAGAGAGUGGACCAGUUGUAGAAACUAUCCACGUUCCAUUAUCAAAAAGAUUAAGAUUUGUUGGGCCUGGGGCCUAUAAUUUGAAAAAACUUCAAGCACAGACAGGUGUCACUGUAAGUCAGCUGGAUGAAGAGACUUAUUCUGUGUUUGCUCCCACACCUAGUGCUAUGCAUGAAGCAAGAGAAUUUAUCGGUGAAAUCUGCAAAGAUGAUCAGGAAGUUAAUUUGGAAUUUGGCGCAGUUUAUACAGCGACGAUAACUGAAAUAAGAGAUUCUGGAGUGAUGGUAAAACUGUAUCAAAACAUGACACCAGUGCUACUUCAUAAUUCACAACUUGAUCAAAGAAAGAUUAAACAUCCUAGUGCUCUGGGACUGGAAGUUGGGCAAGAAAUUCAGGUUAAAUAUUUUGGACGUGAUCCAACUGAUGGCAGAAUGCGGCUUUCACGGAAAAUUCUACAGUCACCAGCCACAACUGUGCUUAAAACCCUAACUGACAAAAACAGUAUUGUUCUGGGGGGUACUGUUCCACAGUCAUCUACUUCAUCACAGUGACAGGAAAAAAGGCGUGAUAGUUCAUGGAAAUAGAAUCGACCCUCGUUAGAUUCUGUGGAUGCCUUCACAAGAAUCUGCAGGUCAAUGGUAGUCAAUCAUAUUUUUUAAGUAGACUUUAUUUAUGCUUAAAGGUGAUGUGGAGUUUCAAAGUCUUCAAAUUGAUUAAAAACUCAUUUAAAAGAAAAACAGAAACAGUGUUCUUACCUCGCAUAGCAACGGUGAGAAUCUAAAAACAUGGAAUUGCAUAGACUGAAGAGCAGGUAAAAUUUCAGUGCUUCAUUCUUCUGGCUAUCAUCUCAAAUAAAAAUGCAAAGAUGACAGUAUUUUAACAGUUAUUUCCUGGGAGAAGGAAUUCUUCCAUACACUUGGCUGAUAAGAUAUGGCAGUGGUUGAGUAGUUGAGAGACACAGGUGGGAAAAGUUUAUACUGGCUUUUCAGUGUAUGAGAUUUAAAUAUUGAGCAAAACAUUGCUCAAGACUUGGAAGUAUCACCUUUAACAUGAUUGUUUCAGCUAAGUACAUCAGUAACAGUUAUAGGGUUCAGACUUGCUAAAAUAUCUGAGCAGAAGGGGGACAAAACAAGCUGGCUGAAACAUCAUCGUUUGUUACUGGGUUCACUAAAAGUGAAUGCUAACAUCUGAAAACAUCAAAAAGAUUGUUUUAGAAUAAACAACUGAUGUGAUGAAUCAUCUCCCUAACCUCCUUACUAACUGUGUCAGAAUUCCUCUAUCAAUUAUGUUCCAUCAAUGGACUCACUGGUCUUUUCCACUUCAAAACAUUUCCCAGACGCCCACAAGAACUACUUGUUUUUCUACUGUGAGAUACAGAGAAAAUCAAAGAGGUAUAAUUUCUUGAUAUUCACUCAUUUGUAUGCAGACCUACUAAGAAAAUCAGCUUCACACCUGAUGGCAUGUGGCCCCUGGACCUCCUGAAAUAAAAGGAAAAAAAUGCUGGGGAGAGGAGAAAUGUGAAUGUAUAGUAAAAAUUGUUCUGCCUUGGUUUUUUAUUCUAAGUCAAGAUAUUAAAGAAGAUGAAAUGACUGGCCUAC